GCAGAGCUCGGGGUGACAGGCGAGCGAGCAGAAUCGGGAGUGCGGUCGCGGCUUUCUGCACUCCCGGUGUUGGAAUGGCCCGUGCGCUGCUUGUCGCGUCUCCGGCCUGCGACCCUUAGACGCCUAAGCCUUCCCUGCGCGCAGAUCCUCCCGCGCGGACGCUGCCAGAGCCGGCUGAGGCGACUCGGCUCCUGCGGUCCGUUCUCUCAGGCUGCGCGAUCAGGAUUUUUAGACUCUGAGGAGCAAUUGGAGCUAAUCCACACCAUGGAAAUGGAAACCACCGAACCUGAGCCAGACUGUGUAGUGCAGCCUCCCUCUCCUCCUGAUGAUUUUUCAUGCCAAAUGAGACUCUCUGAGAAGAUCACUCCAUUGAAGACUUGUUUUAAGAAAAAGGAACAGAAGAGAUUGGGAACCGGAACCCUGAGGUCUUUGAGGCCAAUUUUAAAUACUUUGCUAGAAUCUGGCUCACUUGAUGGCGUUUUUAGAUCUAGAAACCAGAGUGCAGAUGAGAGCAGCUUACAUGAACCUAUAGUGAAAAAACCCCUGGAAAUCAAUCCGUCAUGUCCACCAGCAGAAAACAGUAUGUCUGUCCUGAUUCCUGAUGGGACAAAUGUUGGGGGCCAAAUACCAGAAGCUCAUCCUUCCACUAAUACUCCCGAACAAGUGGUUCCAAUCCAGGAUCACAGCUUUCCACCGGAAGCUAUCAGUGGGACGGUGGCAGAUUCUACAGCAGGGCACUUCCAGACUGACCUUUUGCACCCCGUUUCAAGUGAUGUUCCUGCUAGUCCUGACUGCGUAGACAAAGUCAUGGAUUACAUUCCAGGGGUUUUCCAAGACAACAGUUUUACAAUCCAGUACAUUUUGGACACCAGUGAUAAAUUGAGUACCGAGCUCUUUCAGGACAAAAGUGAAGAGGCUUCCCUUGACCUUGUGUUUGAGCUGGUGAACCAGCUACAGUACCACACUCACCAAGAGAAUGGAAUUGAAAUUUGCAUGGACUUUUUGCAAGGCACUUGUAUUUAUGGCAGGGAUUGUUUGAAGCACCACACGGUCUUGCCAUAUCAUUGGCAGAUCAAGAGGACAACUACUCAAAAGUGGCAGAGUGUAUCCACUGAUUCCCAGGAGCACUUGGAAAGAUUUUACUGUAACCCAGAGAAUGAUAGAAUGAGAAUGAAGUAUGGAGGACAAGAAUUUUGGGCAGAUUUGAAUGCCAUGAAUGUGUAUGAAACAACUGAAUUUGACCAACUACGAAGGCUGUCCACACCACCCUCUAGCAAUGUAAAUUCUAUUUAUCACACGGUCUGGAAGUUCUUCUGUAGGGACCACUUUGGAUGGAGAGAGUAUCCUGAGUCUGUUAUUCGGUUGAUUGAAGAAGCCAACUCUAGGGGCCUAAAAGAAGUCCGAUUUAUGAUGUGGAACAACCACUACAUCCUCCAUAACUCAUUCUUCAGGAGAGAAAUAAAAAGGAGACCUCUCUUCCGCUCCUGUUUUAUACUGCUGCCAUAUUUACAGACACUUGGUGGUGUUCCCACACAGGCUCCUCCGCCUCUUGAAGCAACCUCAUCAUCACAAAUUAUCUGCCCAGAUGGGGUCACCUCAGCAAACUUUUACCCUGAAACUUGGGUUUAUAUGCAUCCAUCUCAGGACUUCAUCCAAGUGCCUGUUUCUGUAGAGGACAAAAGUUAUCGAAUCAUUUAUAAUCUUUUUCAUAAGACUGUGCCUGAGUUUAAAUAUAGAAUUUUACAAAUAUUGAGAGUCCAAAACCAGUUUCUUUGGGAGAAAUAUAAAAGGAAAAAGGAAUAUAUGAACAGGAAAAUGUUUGGCCGUGACAGAAUAAUAAAUAAGAGACAUUUAUUUCAUGGAACAUCCCAGGAUGUGGUAGAUGGAAUUUGCAAGCACAACUUUGACCCUCGAGUCUGUGGAAAGCAUGCUACAAUGUUUGGACAAGGCAGUUACUUUGCAAAGAAGGCAAGCUACUCUCAUAACUUUUCUAAGAAGUCCUCCAAAGGAGUCCAUUUCAUGUUUCUGGCCAAAGUGCUAACUGGCAGAUACACGAUGGGCAGUCAUGGCAUGAGACGGCCCCCUCCUGUCAAUCCUGGCAGUGUCACCAGCGACCUGUAUGACUCUUGUGUGGAUAAUUUCUUUGAGCCUCAGAUUUUUGUCAUUUUUAAUGAUGACCAGAGUUACCCUUAUUUUGUUAUCCAGUAUGAAGAAGUCAGUAACACUGUUUCCAUUUGAAAAAUCUUGGUACCGCUAAGUUAUUUGAUAUGAACUCAAUCCAGCAUUUGUAGCAGGUUUUAGAUGGGUGGGACAGAGUGGGAACAGUGUUGGACAUUAAUAGGGCACUUUUAAAACCCCUUUUUUUUAAGUGCUAGAAAGUGAAAUUUUUUCUUAAAAACACAAGUUUUAAAAUGACCACUUAUUCUUUAAUUAUUUACUAAUUGUUGUUAGUGUACUCAGUGUGGAAAAGACUAUAGAUUGCAUACUCUUUUUAUUCACACUUGUACAUACAGGCAGCAAUGGUAUUAGAAGCAUUUUUUCAAAAAAGAAACUGAACAGCCUAACGAAUUAAAUGUGACUUAAGCCUGGUAGAAGUUUGGCCAAAUGAAAUGGAGGCUGUGAGCAAAGUGAAGAUUCUGUUUAUUUAUAAUGAUAAAACUGACUGGAGCUGGUACUACCAUACUUACUCCCUGUCCAAAGCAUCACUUGUGGUAUAGGAUAAAUUCACAAAAUUCUGGUGGGUGGAAAGAAAUUUUUAUUUUCUAUCAGCAAAACUGAAAUGUAUCACCCAACCAGAGAGUGAUGACUUUAACUGUUCUCCAGAGUUUGCCUGGGAAUUCAGAGGAAGUAAAAAAAAAAAAAA